AUGGAAGAGCAGCUGCUGCUGCAGCCGCAGCUGCAGCAGCAGCAGCAACAACAACAACAGCAGCAGCAGCAGGAGCAGCAGCAGCAGCAGGAGCAGCAGCAACAGCAGCAGGAGCAGGAUCAGCAGGAGCAGAAGCAGGAGCAGCAGGAGCAGGAGCAGCAGCAGAAGCAGGAUGAAGUCGCUGCUGAUCUUACAGAAGGUGCAGAUUCUUUCAGUGGUACAUACGAAGGCUCCUCUAUCACCAGUGAAGCAACGACCCAUACAAGUUCAGACUACGCUUCGUCGGAAAAUUCGGAUUCCGACAGCACGGCACUGUCUCUAUCGGAUUUCAGCAUUGCUUCAAUAAAACCGGGCAAAAUCGGCCCUGUAUCAGUUGCAACUACGGAAUCUAUCGGUUCACCAUGGAAACCGACAGAACCGAAGAGUGCACCAAUGGAACAAGAAGAACCUAGCAUUGAACCAGAUGAACUUACUGAACCCGUUAGUGCACCGGCGCGACUCACAGAAGCCGGUGACGAGAAAUCUUGCUUCAGUACUUUGAUGGAUAAGGACGACAACUUUUGGCUCGGGCAUCUACGCCUCUACAAAGCAGAACUUUUGGAGGCAAUCGACGAUCCCAGCAAGAUAGAACAGUUUCGUGAAUUCUUCGUUGACAGAGAGCCUGAUUCGACAAGCGGCUCACGCAAUUUUUCUGGGAUUCUAGAGCUCUUCGAGGUUAAUACAACUAGAGAGACGGCACUGGAUCUGUUCUGGACUGCAGUAUGCGGCAAUCGUGAAGCUAUGGAUCGACUACUUAUGCUAGCUAGCAAAAGCAAUAAAGAUUUACUUGAUGAAAUUUACGAGGAUAUACCGCCCCAAUCGUUAGAAUAUUAUUACAAACUGUUCAAUGAAGAUCCAUAUCGCAUGGAUAAAAUUACAGCAACACUGGAACCGGCUUUAUUGUGUCAAGCAUUCAGAGAUCCGGAAUAUCAGUUUAUUACAGCGAAAGUCAUGCAAAUGAUGGAGACAAUGAGUAAGUGA